AUGGAAACAGUUGUUGAUAUAAGCAAAAAUGAUUCUAAUCGUCAAGAAGAAUCCGCUCCAUCACCUAAUCUCAUUCGAACAGCAGUAUCUAAGAUAAAACAAUCAACAAAUGACGAUCAUGUUUUAGUAUCUGAAAUUACACCAUGUAAAAAUCCGAAACUAUUCUUCAGUUUAACCCUCCGUGCAUUGGGUGUUAUUUUUGGGGAUAUAGGAACAUCGCCACUCUAUGUUGUGAAUACGAUAUUCACUUACCAACCGACAGAAUCACAAUGUAUUGGAGCUAUCAGUUUGAUUAUUUGGAGUUUGAUCGUGUCGGUCUGUUUGAAAUAUGCAACAUUUAUUUUAAUCGCCGAUAAUCAUGGAGAAGGUGGAACAUUUGCUCUGUGUGGCUUAUUAACAGAUGAAAAGGUUAAAUUGAGUCCAAAGGUAAAACGAGGAAUAACACUGAUUGCAUUAGUAGCCGCAGCAAUGCUACUUGGUGACGGAGCAUUGACACCUGCUGUAUCUGUUCUAUCAGCAGUCGAAGGAGUAGCUGUAGAAGCAUCACAAUUAAACUCUUGGGUUGUACCAAUUAGUAUAAUUAUCAUUGUUCUACUUUUCCUCGCACAACGAUGGGGAACAUCAAGGAUUGGUGUUGCUUUUGGUCCCAUUAUGGUUUGUUGGUUUGUAACUUUGUUUAUCAUUGGUAUUUGGCGUAUAACAUAUAAGCCUUCUAUUUUGAAAGCGUUUAACCCAUGGGAAGCGUUUGAUUAUCUGUUGAUCGAAAAGACUCGUGGUUUCUAUCAAAUCGGUGGUGUGUUUUUGUCCGUCACAGGUCUCGAAGCUCUGUACGCUGAUUUAGGUCAUUUCGGAAGAUGGCCAGUCCGUGCAGCUUGGUUCUUUGUUGUAUUUCCCGGCGUCUUAUUCAAUUAUUUAGGUCAAGGGGCAUUAUUAAUCGUUGAUCCAUCGCUAGUUGACAAUCCAUUUUAUCAUGCAGUACCGAAUUGGUUCCACUGGCCUAUGGUUGUUCUGGCUACUGUAGCAACAAUCAUUGCUUCACAAGCAAUCAUUACUGGUAGCUUCUCAUUGGUCAGUCAAGCCAUUGGUAUGGAAUGUUCAGUUCCUGUUAAAAUUUAUCAUACAUCAAAGACAAUUAUCGGUCAAAUUUAUAUUCCAACAAUCAAUUAUAUUUUAAUGAUUUUGACUAUUAUCAUUAUCAUUGGAUUUGGUACGAAUGCGAGUAUUACGAAUGCUUAUGGUGUGACCGUUUGCACCGUCAUGGUAUUUACAACAAUAUUAUAUAUGUGUGUUAUGCAUUACACAUGGCACAAACCAUGGUAUAUGAUUUUACCGUUCGGAUUGUUCCUUAUUAUCGAUGGAUACACAUGGGCAUCGAAUGCUACUAAAAUUCCUACUGGAGGAUGGGUGGCUGUUGUUAUUGCCACGGGGUUUUUUAUAUUUGGAUUUUGUUGGUUUUUUGGUCAAUUGAAUUUGCGACGUUUUCUCAAGAUUCAUUCACAGACAACGAGCCUUCACACUUUAGCAUUACGACUUGGAUUAUCGGAGUCGAAUACACGACAAAACUCGAAUAGCUCCGUCAAUGAUCUUCCCAUAAUUUCAACGGCUAGUCGAAUUGAUUUUCACGAUGAAAUCGACUCGGAAUCCGAUGACGAUGACAUCGACGUGAAAAAUAAAGGAUCUUUGCCUAAAGUUGCAAGCCAAGUACGUCUAGUAGAAAAUGUGCCAAUUAAACGAGCAUCUGCAAUUUCGUCUUACAUUCAUGAGCAAAAUAAUAUCCCUAAUCAUACCAUAUCAGCUGUCAUUACACCAUGUGUUGGUUGCUUUCUGACAAGUUCAACAAAACACACACCACAUGUUUUUGAAAAUUACUUAACUCGAACACGUUCGGUGCCGCAAGUUAUCAUAUUUCUUCGUAUCGAACACAUCAAAUCGUCCACAAUUGAAGAUGAUAGACGGCUCGCUGUGAAGCAAUAUGGAGAAGGUAUAUUUCAUCUUACAGCAUUAUACGGUCACUCUGAAAAUCGUAUCAAACCUUUUGAUAUCUUAACACUUGCUCGAACACAAUUCAAUUUACCCAUACCUGAUCACGAAUCAAAAGUGACAAUAUUCACACCAAAUGAAACAAUUAAAGUAUCAACUGUAGGAUGGGCUAGUUGGAUUCGACGUUGGCCGCUGUAUCUCUAUGCUAUACUGAAAAGUCUUUAUCCAGGCGCAGCUGUGAACAUUAAAUUAGCACCGGAGAAUACAAUUAACAUUGGUAUAUUAGCUAAACUAAAAUAA